UCAUUUGGUGACCCCAUCUAGUCCAUCACCACUCUCUUCUCGUGAUAGGUUGGCCGAGGGGGCGUUACGUGAAGCUAGAGUAUUAGUGUUGUAUUUCCGGCUAGAUUACUUCGAUUACUUCCAGACAGCGUUUAAAUUGUAUAUCCGUGGCGAAUUGAUCACGCGCACAUUUUUUUGUCGACUGUAGUCUUUUAUAAACCGAUAGCAUUCUCUGUUCAUCAGUUGCUCAUCAAACAUGCAGGACGAAUACUUCCCAGAUGUGGUUGGCUCGGACGGAAUGGACUUCGGCAAAGCCGUUUGCAUCAUAACUGGGGCGUCCAAGGGGUUCGGUCGAUGUUUAGCCAAAGAAAUUGCCUUGUUGCUCAAACCGGGAUCGGUGUUCGUUUUGGUAGCCCGAUCUGGUGACAAGCUACGAGACCUCCAGGCAGAACUAGCCGCCACUCGUGCAGGCAAGGCCGGUCUAAUAACUCGAUGUGUGGUCGCAGAUUUGGGGGUGAAGGAUGAUGUGGAGAGAGUGAUACAAGAAAUCAGAGAGGCAGCAUCAGAUACCGACAUAGACCAACUCCUCCUGAUACACAAUGCAGGCUCCCUGGGGGACAUCUCCCGCUAUGCCAAGAGCUUCACAGACCUGCACGAGGUGAACGCCUACCUGUCCUUCAACGUCAGCUCGGCCCUCAGCUUGACUGCCGGUGUGCUGGAGGUGUUUUCGCGGCGACAGGGCCUGCGUCGCUGCGUGGUGAACGUCAGCUCGCUGUGCGCCCUUAAGCCGUUUCCCUCUUGGGUGCUCUACUGCACGGGCAAGGCAGCCAGAGACAUGAUGUUCAGAGUACUGGCCGAGGAGGAGCCCAACAUCAGGGUGCUCAGCUACGCACCAGGCCCACUGGACACGGACAUGCAGGUGGAGGCGAGGACGAGUUCGGCGGACGCUGGCCUGAAGAAGUCCUUCUCUGUGAUGCACUCCCAGGGCGGGUUGCUGACCUGUGAGGAGUCCUGCAGCAAGCUGCUCAAGGUGCUCCUGAAGGACGAGUACCCGUCAGGCACGCACCUCGACUUCUACGACUUGUAGAGGGGUGGGGGGGUGGGGUGGGGGCAGAACUCCUAGUCCCCCCUCAAGUACGACUAGAAUCACACUACACUGUCAGGCGCGGACCCACCCAAGAUUUAAAAAACUCAUUCAUGUUGUCCUGUGCAAGUCUUGUAAGUAUCUUUUGCCACCUGCUCAGUGUUGAACUGUAGUAGUGUUCCUGUCCAUGUCACUUCCCCUUUCAGGUGUUGAUGGUGUGAUUUAAUGGUGAGAUGGCUGGAGUGUACUCCAAGCCCAAACACAGCACACAUGUGCCUUUCUCGUAAUGCAGUAGAGCUAUGGUGGCAAGUAUUAUAGAUGGGGCAUUAAUGCACCUAAUUAUUAUUAAAAGUAUCAGGUCAUUGCAUAGCAGUAUAGAUGGAGGCCUUAAUGUAAUCAGUUACUGAGUUAACUUGUUGCUAAGUGCGACAUUGUCAUUAAUGGCCGGUAGCUCUUAUUUUUCUGUAAUCAGUCACUCAUUUUUUUAUGAACUAAAUGUUUUUCUUACAAGUAUGCUUAAAAUUGAUCUGUUUUAUUGGUUGACUAAGUAUGUUUUCUGAUAAAAAAUGCAAGGCCAGGUUCUCAGUGAUUAUUUUUAUGACAUGUGCAUGUGCCAAGAAAUGGCUUUUAAAUAAUGUUCAAUUACCAGCUUAAAAUGUUAUUUUUAGAUUUUGAUAUCAGUAUGAAUAUGAAUAAACUAUAAACAUAGACCCUU